AUGUCAUCGCCUCCUACUGGGCUGUCUACAAGGGCAAACUCGCCGCAUUUUUCUUCGGACCCGUCCACUCCAGCCACAGAAGCUGACGAUCCACUCGAUCGAGCACUAGGUGACGAUGACCAUUAUGUCCUCGUGACAGGUGGACUAGGGUUCAUAGGGAGCCACACGUCCCUGGAGCUAUUGAAGGCGGGGUACAACAUUCUCAUUGUGGACAAUUUCAGCAACAGCUACGAAACGGUGUUUGAGCGUAUUCUCACAGCCGCCAACCUGCACUAUGACCGCAUUGGCGUCCCACGUCCCAAGGCAAAGCUAUGCCGUGCAGAUUACCAGGACAUGUCAGAGAUGGGGCGCCUACUCGACGAAUUUUCAAUUAGUAAUCCAGGAAACAUGAUUCAAAGCUCCCGAAUCACCGGUGUCAUUCACUUUGCAGCUUUCAAAGCCGUCGCAGACAGCAUCAAGUUCCCACUGAAAUAUUAUCAGAAUAAUGUCCGCGGUCUUAUCGAUCUGCUCAGUCUUCUCGACGUUCACGGAAUCAAAUCAUUCAUCUUCUCCUCAUCUGCAGCCGUAUACGGAACAAUAGCAGACGACACGCCUCAUCUCCGAGAAGAAAACUGUGUCCACGAAAGAGCAACCUACUGCACAGAGCACGGAGAACAUGUCGUCGUCGAACCAGGCUGUACAGGAAUAACCAAUCCCUACGGCCGAAGCAAAUGGUUCGGAGAAGCCAUUCUCUCCGACGUAUGCAACUCCGAUCCAUCCUGGACAGUCCUAUGCCUCCGAUACUUCAACCCGAUCGGCUGCGACGAGUCGGGACUCCUCGGCGAAGAUCCGAGAGACUGCGCAUCUAAUUUGUUUCCCGCAGCAGUCCGAGCCCUCACAGGUGUAAGUACUGAACUCUGCAUUUACGGAACAGAUUGGGACACGCAUGACGGUAGUGCUGUCCGGGAUUUCAUUCAUAUCACCGAUCUUGCGAGGGGCCAUGUUGCCACGCUGUCUGCCGCACAGGAGGGGCGAAUCAGUGGUUCUUUUCGAACAUUCAACUUGGGGACCGGCACGGGUCAUUCCGUUAAGGAGGUUGUGCGUGCUUUGGAGGCGGUUAGUGAUUUGCAUAUCCCUGUUAAAAUAGUUGGUCGACGGCCUGGAGACGUGGGGUCUUGUGUUGCCACUCCCGACCGGGCGGAGCGGGAAUUGGGAUGGAAAACUGAGAAAUCGUUGCAGGAUGCGUGUGAGGAUCUUUGGAAUUAUCUUACUAUAGACGAGGCUCGGUCGCUUUAG